AUGCGAACACUACGUCGGCAUCUUAAACAUCUGAGACUGUACAGACGAAAGAAUCAAACAGAUCUAUUGGAAGUAGCAUUAUUCCUCAUGAAUGAACUUGACCGUUAUGGAAAGCUACAUGGAUAUAAACUACUACAUCUAAAGUGUAUUCAAGCUGGAUUUGUUGUCAGUCAACGUGUAAUUCGCCAUUUAUUAGGCAUCCUGGAUCCCGAUGGAGUACAAAUGAGAAGGAGAAAUCGCUUAAGAAGUAGGAUGUAUGUAAAUCCUGGCCCCAAUUUUAUAUGGCACAUGGACUCUUAUGACAAACUGAAACCUUUUGGUAUCUGCAUCAACGGCACGAUCGAUGGAUUUUCUAGGAUGGUAAUUUGGCUCCAUGCUUAUUCUACUAAUUCUGACCCGAAGGUAAUCGCCAGCUAUUUUAUUAAUGAAGUUGGACAAAGGAUGGGGACACCAGCCAGAAUGAGGUCAGACCUGGGAACAGAGAACUGUUAUGUGGAACAAAUGCAGAAGUUCCUACGCUAUGAUGACCACGACGAAUAUGCAGAAAACUGCUUCAUCUAUGGUUCAAGCAACCACAAUCAGCGCAUUGAGAGCUGGUGGGCAUUCAUGAGAAAACAGCAUGCUCAGUACUGGAUUAAUCGUUUCCAGGAUUUGAAGGAGAAAGAUUACUUCAUAGGUGGUUUCCUGGACAAGCAGUUAAUAUUGUUCACCUGUCUGAAUAUCAUUGAAGUAAGUUGA